UAUCCUUGACGAAAAGAGUCAAAGAAUCGAAAGUUCAGAUAAAAGCCUCGAUAAAGAAUCUGACAUGGAAAACAUUUGCUUUAAUAACGAGAAAGAUAAAAUUGCAAGUUCAGAAGAAAAUACACAAACAAAUAAAGUCUUUGAAAUUAUCGAAAUCAGAAUGGCUAAAGGUUUACAGUCUGAUCAGAAGGAGGAAAUUGCAAAAAAUAAAUCGAAUAACACAACAGAAACUGUGAAUUGCGAGCAAAAUAAAAUAAACAACGAAGUAAUUAAUAGAAACGAACAAGAUCAGCCUACGAAUAAUUCGAAUAAAGUUUCAGAGCAUGAAAAUUCGAUCUUAGAAUCAACUGACAAGCUCAUUGACGAGUCAAACGAUGAAAGAGAAAACUGUAUAAACUCGAAAAGUUGUCAUCAAGAAGAAAAUAGAACAAAUGAUCGGGAUAAUUUUAAGGAAGUGUUUCCAACGAUCGAAGAAGAUAUUUUAUCGGUCGAUAAUUCAACGAUGCGAGAUAACGAGGAUGACGAAACUUAUCAAUCGCUCGACGUGGUCAACGACGAUAUAAAGAAUCCGGAAAUAAAUCAAAUAUUAGAGAACGAAGAAAUUACAGAAGAAGAAGAAGAAGACACCACUGACGAAAGCGACGACGGCGAUUAUUACUGGCAAAGUAAUCUCGCUACGAUCGGCGAAGAGGAGGAAACCUCCUUAGAAUAUAUGAAUGCCAACGCAGAUAUGAAUGAUUCCAGUGAGCUGACGGUGAAGCCGGAAGAAUCGCCUCCUGCAAUCAAGAAAGAUGUGUUCGUUAAAAACGCGCGAGAUGACGAAGCAGACCGCGUGAGCAAGAUUGCAGAAUACACGGAGGAGGAAAGCAAGAACCCGGACAAAGACACGGUAAAUGGUAAGAUGGAGAACUGUGGAGGCGGUCAACGCCUGCCCCCGGACGGGCACGAAUUUCCAGCAGCGUACCAAGAAUUUAACAACAGUAGCAACCAGCCACCGUACAGAUAUAUCGCUAUAACAAGGACAGCGACGAUAACUACGAAUGAUGUAGGAUUGUGUAAUGAAAACGAGUCGUUCCGUACUAGCGAGACUCUUAAAAUGCUCGCGAACGACAGCAACGUUGUCAGUUCGAGAAGCAUUAUUCUAUCGGAUAGUAAAAUGACGUUCACAGGCACUGAAAACGUGAGGCAGGAUAUAAACAAAGUCGCUUUGGCAAAUAUGGAGAGCGUCCGGUCUGAGGUAGGCAAGGCUACGACGGCCAAUGUGGAUAAUAUAUGUCAAGAUGUGAAGUCCACGGAGAUUACUAAUGAAGAGAAAAAAUCAUCUUAUCACACUUCGGAAGAUAUCGCGAAGAAAAACGCUUCCAUCGUUGCGGGAAGUUCUCUUUAUUCUUGUCAAACGACCAACAGCAAUUUAAUAAUGAGUGAGAAGAAGAUGGAGAUCGCUGGAUAUUACCACAAGGCCGUGACGACGCUCGAAGAAGUGCCAAGCCACGUGGAAAAGGACGCACCUGUUGAUACCCCACCGCCUCUUCCAUUGACAGGUCCGCCAAAAAUAGAGCAACAAGUGUUGCAUACGAGAAUUACUCCUACGAUAGAAUCUCCGCAGAGAAAGUUUUCUUUGAACGGUGAUCUCUGGAGACAAGACGACAAGUCCGAGCGAUCUGUUCGAGACAAAAUCGCAAUGUUUUCAUCGCAAAGCAAUCUUGAUGCGCCUCUAUUUCCCAAUGCCAUAACAGCGGCAGCAGCCACGAACAACAGCAAACGCCUCUCCAAGUACAAGUCCUCCGAAGACGUUUGCUGCGAUGACAAGAGCAACGGACAGAAAGAUCAGUCGUCUUUCUUCGCCGACAGGACGCAGAGUUCUUUCGAUCUCACCGAUUCAGCCAAGACUAUGACUGGGCAUGACUCCGCGAAGAAAUAUAAUCAGAGAACGCUUAGUUUGCCUCAGACUGUUCAACCUCUAUUGAGUCCAACUACGCAAACUACGCGGACUCCAAAGACGCUACCAAUUAUUCCGCCGAAAUCAUUAUCUAGCCCACUGUCAACUUUGUACGACAAGCAAAAUUUCUUAAAUACGACGGCAAAAAAUUAUUGUGCAAAUACCGCAGAAAGCAGUAAUUUGCAGAAUACCGUGUAUUCGAACAUCGGUAAAACUGUAAAUUCUUGUAACAAUUCUAGCAACUUAAUUAAGCCAACGAACACACCUUCAUUAACGCGAGCUACCAGUUUUUCGGGCCCGACACCCUUUGUGCAAGAUCGAGAUUCCUUGACAACCGAUUCCAUCAGUAACUCACAAAUUUCAAGAACGAAUUCCUUAGCGUCCACGUUUAGACGACCCGGCGAAGAUGUAAGAAGAAACAGCUUGAAUCAGCUGAUCGAGCAGAGACGAAGAUCAAUAUCGAAAUUACGUGGUCUGGUUAUACCGGAAAAAGACACUGUAUCAAUCGAUCAACCUAUCGUCGAUUUACCGGAAAUUAAAUCACGAGAUUCAAUAUUAUUGUAUCAGAUACCAAAGGCAAAUAUUCAAGACAAGUGGGGGUCUCAAAGUUCCUUAGCCAGCAACGCCAGCACAGCGAGCCAACCAUUGAAAGCGACAACGUCCUUCAAGAUGCCGGCGCCUCAGAUAUACUCCAAGUACUCCCCGGCUUUCAAAAGAAAGUCUCUCACGGUUUAUGGUACUUCAGUGACGACAAACUCCACGAUAAAUGGCAGCAGCCCGAUCAAAAGUUCUCAAUCAACAGCAAUGUCCACAUUUUCGGAGCCACCGAAAAGCCUGGAGAGUAUUUGCAGCCCGACAAGAAGCGAUUACAGCUUCGAGUUUGCCUCGACGACGAGCUCACCGGAUGGCUCGCGUACUAGGCCGAGGACAAUGCAGAGAAAAGCUCGCUUAGAUUACGAUGAUUCUGACAAUGAUUCGGCCGUAAGCAGCUCUCAGAGCAGCAUAUCUCGCGGCUUCAGUCCGCCAAUGUCUCCGGUACCGUCGGAAAGAUCUACCAUCUCAUCAGAGAGAUCUUAUGUCUCCGCGGAAUUAAAUUGCCAACGUCGACCUUUGAUCGCAGAUAAUUUGAGCAGAAUUUCAGUCGCACGAGAUAUCAGAGAUCAAAUUGCUGCAUCCGAUAAAGAUCAAUUUACCUCCAGGAUAGGCAUUCUUGGUGAACGAACAUAUCUAGCCGAAAGAUCAUCUUCCAGCAGCAGCGGGUCAAAUCCGCGCUCACCGCAACCGAACGAAUUUGUUUCGAGAAGUUCGCAAAUCCCCCAGAGACAAUUGAGGCGGUCGAACAGCACCGAUACAAAUUGCAGCACGUCCUCGACGCUCACAUCCGGGUCUCAAGCCAGUGCCGAGUCUUUAUCCCGAAGAGUAUUGAAGCCGCAAAGCGUGGAGGCGAUAAAUCGAAAGAAUAUCCUGGCGAGCGCCAGAUGCCGAAGCGGGAGGGAUUUGAAUGGAUCGCCGCUAAUCCAGCGAAAGUUCUCAGACGACGAAGAUGCUGUAAAAGAAACCAUCCAGAACGGUGGUGCUAUUCAUCAGAUAAGCAAUAACUCGGGGAGUGAUCCCGCGAGCAAACAAGAAAUCAAGAUUGCGUAUAUAGAAGUCGCGGAUCCCUUCGCGGAGGACGAAGAAUCGUUACAGAAGAAGGAGGAGAAACCUAAAUUGCCACCUAAAAUGAGUUUCCCGCCGCCAGCUGUUAGACCGCCCAAAUCUGAAAUGUUGGAGCCAUCAAACGAUCUUAAAAUGUGGGUUCGAGCGGAAGUGAAGACUUUGGCGCGAUCAAUGGAAGAAAAAUCGAAAUAUGACAAAAGUUCAACCCUUGCAGCUCAAAAUUUCGAAACAAGAAAUAGUCGUGGUUCCAUAUUUAACCAACCUGCUAUUACGUCCAAUGACGAUUUGUCUUCAAAGACUAGAACUACGAUAAACGAUACGAAGGUCACCACGAUGGAAAUAUCGAAACCACAAAGUAAAGCGAAUUCAACUCCUAGAAAAAAUAUGGAAGACCAAAAUGAUCUUUUGACGAUCUUAACGACAAAAAGCCGCUCCAGAUCAGCUAUACACGUCGACGAAGGGACGUUUGGUAGAUCGAAGAGUCAGAUGAGCCUAGAAGAUAUACUUGGCGCUAAGCCAGAUUUGAAAUUAUCCCGUGCGCAAAAUACGGAACCAAAAAUUGAAAAGAAUGGUAUAAUACCAAGCUCGCCGGUAAAAUCUGCUUGGGAAAUUUCGAAGGAAAAUCGAUACGGGAGAAGAGGUUCUAUUACUUCGAACGAGUCCUUGUCGGAGGACAGACCUUUUGUCUCGAAAAUACCCACCUUAGGGAGAACCAAAACUGUCGAUAGCGGCGACGAAAUGACAGAAAAUGUCGAAAGAAUAAAAAGUAUGACGGCGUCGAAGAUUCCGACAUCUCGUGGCUUAAAUCGACGCAGCGCCAGUGUCACGGAUAUGAAGAAAGCUUUGGAGAAGGUUGAUACCAGUCCUGUGCAUAGUCAAUCACAACAGAACGCCAGCAACACUCAUAAUCGAUUUCCAAGUCUAGACAGCAGCAUAGACGAGAAUAUCGGGACGGAAAUAGACACCGAUAGAUGCUACGGCGAGCAAUUUGGCAGUAUCAGUUCACUCGCCAGCAGUACCAGUUUAAUCUCGCAACAAGAACUGGCGCAGCUCGUCGAGGAGGCGAGUUUGGAAGAGGCACGUGGAGCGCACGAUGUUAUAGUCGUUUUGCUUCACAAGGAGAACCCGACCGGCAGCGUUGGCAUUACUUUAGCUGGUGGCGCGGAUUGCGAAGUGAAGGAGAUCACGGUUCAUAGAGUACUAACGCACUCUAUCGCGGACAAAGACGGCCGGGUGCAGAGGGGUGAUAGAAUCCUCAGCAUAAACGGUCGGAGCACGCGAGGUCUCACACACAGGGAGAGCAUGGCGGUACUGAAGCAGCCGAGAUCGGAGGUCGUGUUGGUCGUGUCGAGGGUCAGGAUGGAGGAAGGCUUUAAGCUGAGGUCGCGAACUGCGAGUGUCGAAACCAUCGUCGAAGGGUUAGAGACGAAUGGAAACGUGGAGGACACAGCGUGGGGACCACCAUCGACCGUGGCGGUUUACAAGGAUGGAGCUGGUCUCGGAUUUAGCCUGGAAGGCGGCAGAGAUAGUCCCCUCGGAGAUAGACCUUUAAUUAUCAAGAAGAUAUUCACCGGAGGUGCUGCCGAGAAAACGGGUGCCUUAAAAGCCGGGGAUCAACUGCUUGAAGUAAACGGUAACGAUGUAACGCGAAUGUCGAGGAUAGAAGCGUGGUCUUUGAUGAAGAAGCUACACGAUGGUGAAGUGAAUCUCCUAGUCAGGCAUCCUGCCACUAAAUCCUCGUGAGAAAUACGAAGUCCCCAUUGUAUGAUGCAAAUGAAACGUAGUAAUGUGCCAAGCAAGCGUCUGGAUUAUUUUUCGAUCGAUAUUUGUUACGUAGGUAUAGUGGUUAAUAAGGUAUGUUAUUAAUUUGUUUUGUUCAAGAGAUUUUAGAUACGAACCGAUGUUAUAUGCGAGAGGCUUUUUCUAUUGUGCUGAUAAAUUUAAAUAAUGUCGCUGUUUAGUCAGAAUCAAAAAUCU